AUGCCAGAAAUCAAGCCGCCUGUCGAGGUCGCAUGUAUGGCCCGAAUUCCGACGAGACUACUACUACGAUCUUUGCUUUUGACUUCCUUGAUGACAUCCAAGUUAUUCUUACGGCCUGCCCUAGCCGUGAUGGGUGUCCUUGCGACGUCGAAAUCCCCACUAUUGAACCCGGAUCGGAACCUCCCCUUGAACAAGUUCCUUCGCUGGACGGUUUACAAUCACUUUUGUGCCGGAGUGAACAGAAAGGAAGUUUCGAAGACUGUGGCAGACGUUAAGAAGAUGGGAUACCAGGGCGUCAUCUUGGGAUAUUCGAGAGAGAUAGUGCUGGAUCAUGACGAAAAGCUCUCGACCGAUGAGUCUGGCACAUUAAAAUACAGCGAGAAAUGCUACGAGAUGGUCGAAGAGUGGAAGGAGGGAACAUUGGAGACACUGCGUAUGGUUGGGCCGGGUGACUUCCUUGCCGUGAAAUUGACAGGUGCCGGCCCUAUUUCAGUGGAUGCGAUGGCAGCACGCCGGCCUAUGCCGGAGGCUAUGGUCAAAGCCGUCGAUGAGAUUUGCAUUGAGACAGAAAAGCAGGGCUCACGUCUCUGGUUGGAUGCAGAGCAACAAGUCUUGCAAAAGGGUCUUGAUGACUGGGCCAUUGAAACGAUGCGCAAACAUAACAAAUCUGAAGCACCAAUUGUCUACAACACUAUUCAGGGCUAUCUCAAGGGAUCAAAGGCGAAUCUCGACCAUCAUCUUACCAUGGCCGCACAAGAGGGCUGGACCCUGGGUAUAAAGCUGGUUCGAGGUGCAUAUAUUGAACAUGAGACACGAUCUCUCAUCCAUGAUACCCAGGCCGAUACAGACCGGUCCUACGAUCUCAUCGCAGACACCAUGCUUUGCCGAAGAAUGCCUGCUGGGAAGGAGGACCUCCCAUUCCCCAAGGCCGCUCUGUUCCUCGCCACCCACAACGCCGCCAGUGCAACCAAAGCGAUUGCCACACACCAGAAUAGGCUUCUCACCAAUCAACCCACAGUUAUGCUAGAAUGUGGACAAAUCCAAGGCAUGGCCGACGAGCUCAGUUGUGAAUUAGUGCAAAACUACGAACGUGCUCUCGAACAAUCAUCUGCUGCCAACCUUACUGUGCCAAAAGCUUUCAAGUGCAUGGCUUGGGGAUCGGUUGCCGAGUGCAUGGGAUAUCUACACCGCCGAGCAAUCGAGAAUCGCGGGGCGGUGGAGCGAACACAACACAUGGUGACCGCAUUGCGUCGAGAGUUGUGGCGAAGGAUCGUCGGAUGA